UGGAACCUGGAUCGUUCUGGAAGUUGGGUCAUCCCUCUGGAGCAGAUCUGUUUCCUCCUGGGCUUCGCGGCAGGAGCCGUUUUCCUGGGUCACCUGGCCGACAGUGUAGGACGGCGGAGUACCUUCCUCCUGUCUCUGAUUCUCGGCUGUCCAGCAGGCAUCCUGGCAGCCUUCGCGGCCUCCCCCUCCAUCUUCAUACUGGGCCGGUGCCUCUGGGCUACCAUGUUGGGAGCUUUACAACUUGCCCUCUACAUCACCCGUUUGGAGUUGUGUCGUCCUUCACAACGGCUCCCGGUGGCCAUGGCGGGAGACCUCGUCCAGGUGGGAGGACAAUUCCUUCUGCUGGGACUGGCGUGGACCUGCGGCAGUUGGCGGGUGCUACAAGGCGUGAUCUCAGCCGGAAUGGGGGUCUGCCUACUCUAUGGUGCUUCGGGCCUCACUUGUGGAAGCAUCAUUGGUGCUUCGGGCCUCACUUGUGCGAAGCUGGACAACGCUUGCCACCUGCCUGCAGCUGCCCAGAUCUCACUCCGCACUCUCCUGACGUGCAGGAACAUCUGGAAAAACAUUCUGAUCCUGGGUUUUACCACAUUCAUAGCCCACGCGAUCUGCCACUGUUACCAGCAGGCCUGGGAGUCCAUGGAGGACCCGCGCGCCAAGUUCUACUUCCCCUUCCUGUUGUCAGCUGGCAGCGCCGGCCUCGGUUGCCUCUUUCUCUGCCUCACCGUCGGUCGGUAUGGACGGCGCGGGAUUCUGCUCCUCACCACGACCCUGACUGGCAUCGCCUCUCUGAUCCUGCUGGGGCUGGGAGAAUAUCUCAACAACGCGGCCCGAAGAACGUUUUCCAUUCUUGGUCUCUUCACCUCCCACGCGGCCGGCUCGCUCAGCGUCUUCUUCGCUGCGGAAGUCAUCCCCACCGUGAUCAGAGGGAAGGGUCUUGGCAUUAUCCUGGCCUUGGCGUCCCUCGGAGGGCUGAGCGCCCCCUUGUUGCGGGUGCGAGAGCAGCACGGCUCCUUCCUCGAACACAUCGUCUUGGCCUCCCUCAACAUCCUGGCCCUGCUUUGCCUGCUGCUGCUGCCCGAGACCAAACGCAAACCCUUGCCUGAAGGCCUGCAGGACGGAGAACUUUAUCGGAGGCCUUCGCUGCUCCGGCGGGCCGGCGAGUCUGCGGGCCGGGACUCCGAGGGGGCGUCGCGGCGAGACGACGUGCCGUUGCUUUCCACCCCGAAUCCUGCCAGCUGA